AAUUUUCCCUGGCUCAGCCCCAUGAACCACCGGAAGCACCGCCGCCAUGACGGCGGCGAUAGCGAGCAGAGACCACAGAUCCGAAAUCCCAAUUCCACCGUUCGCGAGGUUGUCUGGUUCUCCCUUAUCGCCACCGCAAUCAAGCUCCUUCUCAUCCCAGCUUACCGCAGCACUGAUUUCGAGGUCCACCGCAACUGGCUCGCCAUCACCCACUCCCUUCCUCUGUCUCAAUGGUACGCCGACGAGACUAGCCCGUGGACCAUCGACUACCCGCCGUUCUUCGCCUAUUUCGAACGCUUACUCUCAUUCUUCGCCGCCCAAAUCGACCCUACCAUGGUCGACCUCCGCCGCGGGCUCGACUACAAAUCUCCGGCAACUGUCCUCUUCCAGAGACUCAGUGUCACUGUAUCCGACUCAGUACUGAUUUACGCAAUCUACAGACUGACCCGAAAACUGGAUCCCCGAGAGCGGAUCAUGAUCUGGGUAUUGGUGAUUUGGUCUCCGGGAUUGAUCAUAGUGGACCAUUUGCAUUUUCAGUACAAUGGGUUUCUCUUGGGCCUUCUUCUGCUUUCUCUUUCUGCUUUAGAUGAAGGAAGAGACUUGCUGGGAGGGUUCUUCUUUGCCGUCUUGCUUUGCUUUAAACAUUUAUUUGCAGUGGCUGCACCUGUUUAUUUUGUGUAUCUGUUGAGACACUAUUGUUGGGGUGGAUGGUUUAAGGGGUUUGGGAGGCUGGCAUUGAUGGGGAGUAUGGUCAUUGCUGUUUUCGCUGCAGCUUUUGGACCUUUCGUGUACUAUGGACAGAUACAGCAAGUCCUUAACCGCAUGUUUCCCUUUGGUAGGGGACUCUGUCAUGCAUAUUGGGCUCCGAAUUUCUGGGUGUUCUAUAUUGUUCUUGAUAAAGUAGUUGCUUUUAUACUUGUGAAACUUGGUUUCACAAUCCAGGCACCAGCUGCCUCAUUCACAGGUGGGCUGGUGGGUGAUUCUUCUCCUUUUGCAGUACUACCCAUGGUGACUCCAUUAAUGACCUUUGGUAUGGUCUUGCUGGCACUGAUUCCUUCUCUUGUAAAGGCUUGGAAAGAUCCCAAACCAGGAAUGAUCACCAGAUGGGUAGCCUAUGCUUACUCAUGUGGCUUUAUGUUUGGUUGGCAUGUCCAUGAGAAAGCAUCACUUCACUUUGUGAUACCUCUAGCUGUUGUUGCCUUGAAAAGUAUGGAAGAUGCAAAGCAUUAUUUCUUCUUGUCAAUAGUGUCUUGCUAUUCGCUUUUUCCACUUCUCUUCGAAGCUCAAGAAUAUCCCAUUAAGGUUCUAUUACUGCUAUUACAUGCUGUUCUUGCGUGGCUCGGAUUUUCCUCGUACUUCAACAACAAUGCUUCAGAAGCUGCUUCAAAAUCAGACAAGAGAUCUAUUGCUUCUGGGAACGCGUGCUUCCAUAUUGGAUCUUUGGGAAAGGCUUAUCUGUCUGGUCUCUUCGCCGUGGAGGCGUGGGGCCUACUUUUUCACCCUCUCAUCCUCGGCGAGAGGCUUCCUUUUUUACCCCUGAUGAUGAUAUCCAUAUAUUGCUCCUUGGGAAUGGUGUAUUCUUGGAUGUGGCAACUUAGAAGGAUCAUACAGUCUAAUUGACUGAAGAUUAGGAUAUAUGCAUGCUAAUCCACAUGAUAAGCACAUUCUUGUUUAUUGUCUUAUUCUCCACUUUCACUCUAUUUUUACUUACCUUUUGAUCUUGAGCCGGGUGUCUUUCAGAAACUGUCUUUACCAGUUAAGUUGCGGCGUUGUGAUUUUGGAAAAUGUGGUGAUGUCAGCUUCCAUGACAGGUUGCGCGUUGAUUUAAACGGAGAUCGCAUAGGUAGGUGAAAGAAGAUGGCCUUCAAGAAAUGAGGUAUUGCUUUCUUUAUCCUUAUAAUAACUUGAUAAACCACUCAUCUACACAGACUUGGUUAUAUAUAGGGGUGUUUGACAAAGAGUUUUUUGGUAAUUUUUUUUUCUCUCAAAAAUUUGUAAUGUUCAUUGAUAAUGAUAUCAUUUUGACACCAAGAAAGGAUUUUUGGAAUG